AAACGUUUACAAACAUUGUCAUUGAUUUUAAGAAGCUGUGAUUGUGUCUGCAGAUUCACUACGUUUUUGCCUAUUUAAGAACCACCGUAAAAUAUAAAAUCCCGUCAAAAUGUCUUACAUGUUACCGCAUUUACACAAUGGAUGGCAGGUGGAUCAAGCAAUAUUGUCGGAAGAGGACAGAGUUGUGGUUAUUCGAUUCGGUCAUGAUUGGGACCCGGCUUGUAUGAAAAUGGAUGAAGUUCUCUACAGCAUAGCCGAGAAAGUGAAAAAUUUCGCCAUCGUUUACCUGGUCGAUAUCACUGAAGUUCCCGAUUUUAACAAAAUGUACGAAUUGUACGACCCGUGCACUGUCAUGUUCUUUUUCCGCAACAAGCACAUUAUGAUCGAUUUGGGCACCGGAAAUAAUAACAAAAUCAAUUGGCCACUGGAGGAUAAACAGGAAAUGGUGGACAUUGUCGAGACGGUGUAUCGAGGUGCAAGAAAAGGCCGAGGUCUAGUCGUAUCGCCCAAAGAUUAUUCGACGAAAUAUCGCUAUUAGAAUUGUAUACCACCACUGAUCCGAAGGGACAAAAUAAAUUUACGUUUUCUUUUCACAUUAA